UCCGGGCGGGGUCCGGCUCCAGGUCCAGCCCGGGUCACGGUUGGGACCGGGUCCAGGGCCACACGGGGCUAGGGUCCGGGCGGGAUCCCGUGUUGAGGUCUCAGUGCGUCGGCCUGGGACAGGGGCCGGUUCUGGCUCGGGCUGCAGGUCCCGGCCGGGGUCAGGCUCGGGCCUCGGAUCCAGUCCCAGGGCAGGGUUCAAUCCGGCACCUGGAGCAAGUCGAAGUCCCAGGGGCGGGCCUGGGUGGAAGAUAGGGAGGGCUCCCUGUCUGAGAAGGGGCUCUGAAGACCACGUGGGGGCGCUCGAAGGGGCCUUGGGCCACCCUCCUCUCUGGGUCAAAGGUCAUCGCACCGGCAGGGGAGAACUUCCUCCUCCUUGGCGCUCCCCGUUUACUUCCUGAUAACCUGAUAGAGGUCCCCCGCGGGCGGAGGGGGAGGGGAGGCGCAGCAACUUUAGGCAACUUUCCGUAGGUGACCAGCGCCAUGUCCAGCCAGGUGGUGGGCAUUGAGCCUCUCUACAUCAAGGCAGAGCCAGCCAGCCCCGACAGCCCAAAGGGUUCCUCGGAGACCGAGACCGAGCCCCCCGUGGCCCUGGCCCCUGGCCCAGCUCCCACCCGCUGCCUCCCAGGCCACAAGGAAGAGGAGGAUGGGGAGGGGGCUGGGCCUGGCGAGCAGGGUGGUGGGAAGCUGGUGCUCAGCUCCCUCCCCAAACGCCUCUGCCUGGUCUGUGGGGAUGUGGCCUCCGGCUACCACUAUGGCGUGGCAUCCUGUGAGGCCUGCAAAGCCUUCUUCAAGAGGACCAUCCAGGGGAGCAUCGAGUACAGCUGUCCGGCCUCCAACGAGUGUGAGAUCACCAAGCGGAGACGCAAGGCCUGCCAGGCCUGUCGCUUCACCAAGUGCCUGCGGGUGGGCAUGCUCAAGGAGGGAGUACGUCUGGACCGCGUGCGAGGCGGGCGACAAAAGUACAAGCGGCGGCCGGAGGUGGACCCGCUGCCCUUCCCGGGCUCCUUCCCUGCUGGACCCCUGGCAGUAGCUGGAGGCCCUCGGAAAACCGCCCCCGUGAAUGCACUGGUGUCGCACUUGCUGGUGGUUGAGCCUGAGAAGCUAUAUGCUAUGCCUGACCCGGCGGGCCCCGAUGGACACCUCCCAGCCGUGGCUACCCUCUGUGACCUCUUUGACCGAGAGAUUGUGGUCACCAUCAGCUGGGCCAAGAGCAUCCCAGGCUUCUCGUCACUGUCACUGUCUGACCAGAUGUCAGUCCUGCAAAGCGUAUGGAUGGAGGUCUUGGUGUUGGGUGUCGCCCAGCGCUCACUGCCACUGCAGGACGAGCUGGCCUUCGCGGAGGACCUGGUCCUGGAUGAGGAGGGGGCACGCGCCGCUGGCUUGGGGGAACUGGGGGCCGCGCUGCUGCAGCUGGUGCGGCGACUGCAGGCCCUGAGGCUGGAACGCGAGGAGUACGUCCUGCUGAAGGCCCUGGCCCUUGCCAAUUCAGACUCUGUGCACAUCGAGGACGCCGAGGCUGUGGAGCAGCUGCGUGAAGCUCUACACGAGGCCCUGCUGGAGUACGAAGCAGGCCGGGCGGGCCCCGGAGGGGGUGCUGAGCGGCGGCGGGCAGGCAGGCUGCUGCUUACGUUACCGCUCCUUCGCCAGACAGCGGGCAAAGUGCUGGCCCAUUUCUAUGGGGUGAAGCUGGAGGGCAAGGUGCCCAUGCACAAGCUGUUCUUGGAGAUGCUCGAGGCCAUGAUGGACUGAGGCAAGGGGUGGGCAUGGGUGGGGGUGCUGGCAGGACCCGCCCAGUAUGGGGUCAGCCCCAAGGGGGCAGAACUGGGGUCCGGGCAGUGCCACAGCCUGCUGGCAGGGCCAGGGCAAUACCAUCAGCCCCUGGGAGCAGGCCCUACGCCCUCCCCUCCCCCCUCCCAGGGGGUCUUAGAAGCUGGGAAUGUGUGCGCCCAGGCUCUGGGCACAGUGCUGCCCCUUGCAAGCCAUAACGUGCCCCCAGAGUGUAGGGGGCCUUGCGGAAGCCAUAGGGGGCUGCAGGGGACAUGUGGGGGGGCAGAAGCCUGAUCUCAGGGAGGGAAGGGAGUGGAGGCCACAGUCUCCCAGUGGGUGAUGCUUUUGCUGCUGCUUAAUCCAACCCCCUCUCCAGAGCAGAGGGGGAUUUGGAAAGCAAAGGCCCCUGCCCCCUUCGCUCCUCUCCUCAUCAUUUGCAUUGGGCAUUACUGCCCCCCCUUGAAGCAAUAACUCCAAGCAGGCUCCAGCCCCUGGACCCCUGGGGUGGCCAGGGCCCCCCAUCAGCUCCCACCCAGCCUCCUUGGGGGGGUUAGGGAGAGCACUGCCUCUAUGCCCUGCAGAGCAAUAACACUAUAUUUAUUUUUGGGUUUGGCCAGGGAGGUGCAGGGACAUAGGGCAAGCCAGGGCCCAGAGCCUUUGGCUGUACAGAGACUCUAUUUUAAUGUAUAUUUGCUGCAAAGAGAAACCGCUUUUGGUUUUGAACCUUUAAUGAGAAAAAGAAAUAUAUCGAGCUCAAGAA